AUGAGGAAUGCGCUGGUUUCGCUGGUGUUUCUGAGCAUCGUCGGCGCGACGGACGCGCUAUAUUUCAACGUGGCGAAGGAGCGACAUCGCUGCUUCUUAGUCGAUGUGCCCAAGGAGACGACGUUCCGAGCCGAGUACGAGUCUCCAGACACGACGGAUGUAAUGAAGACCGUUGUGUCGUUCUACGCGCCUGAUGUGAGCAAGGGGGAGGACGAGAAAAAGCUAGUGAAGAAAGAGGCGGCUAGCCAAAAGGUAGACUACAAAGUACUGAGUAUUGAGAGCUGCGGAGCCACUUCGUUCACGGCGCAGGAGAAUGGACCUCACUGGGUCUGCGUCAGUCUGGACUCGUCCAACUACGCGCUCCCAGACGACGCUUCGAUGCGGUUCGCGUUGAAGCUCAGUAUGGGCACGAGCCAUGAGGAGUACCAGAAUUUGGCCAAGAAGAACCAGAUGGAUGAUCUUCACUUGGAAAUCAUGAAGCUGCGAGAUCGCGUGAGCGCUAUUCAGCGCAAUCAAGACUAUGCCAAGAUUGUUAUAUUGCUCGUCACGGGCUUCUACCAGGCCAAGCAUCUUCAGACCUACUUUCAUAAAAAGAAACUGGUCUAA